CACACAGGCACACAGGCACACAGACACACAGGCACACAGACACACAGGCACACAGACACACAGACACACACAGAUACACAGGCAAUAACAUGAGCGAGGGCUGUGAGAAGCGAUACAUGUAAAUAACCAAAAUAUUUGAGUGGAAAUGCACUGUGGAUAAACUGAAAAUCAAGCUGGAAACCACAGGGAAUAAACAGAAGGCAAGGUAAAGUAGCCCUUCUAUGAGUGUAGGCCCAUCUGUACUGGCUGUCUAUCAGGAUGGGGGGCAGAAGAUCUUGGUUUUACUGGAAAUACCAUAUUAUUCUCCUGUCUAUUUUGUCAGUGCAGUGGAAGGGAAUGAACUGUCAGGAGUCUGUACCAGGGUUUAAAAUAGAGGCCCCAGCAGGGGUGAGAGUGCAGAGGGGGCUCUGUGUGCGCAUCCCCUGUAACUUUACUGUUGGUCCCGGUUAUACCUUAACCAGAGAUGCCAUUGGAAUCUGGUAUAAAGGAUAUAAUGGAUUUGUAAAUAAAAAAACAGUUGCAGCUUCUACUGACUCCUCUCGGUUCCCUGAUACAACAAACGGGCGCUUUAUAUUCACUGGGAAAGUGAGUGCCGGAGACUGUUCCUUCUCUAUCAGUGAUGCACAACCAGGAGAUACUGAACGGUACCAGUUCAGAGUUGAGGAUGGAGGUUCUUUAAAAUUUUCCUACGUUGGUACCCAACCAUCUGUAUCUGUGACAGACCUGAAAGAACCUGAUAUAUCUCCCACCGAGGGUCUGAUCGCUGGGGAAGAAGUGACUCUGACUUGCACUGCUCCUACAAACUGCCCUGGGCUCUCUCCAACCUUCACAUGGGAAGGAAGUGUAAAUACAGAAAGAACACAGAACCAUACAUUGCAGCACCAAGAUGGGAACUUCAGCUACUGGUCCAAUAUCACUUUCACUCCAUCACCGAGGGACCAUAAUACCAUCUUAAACUGUACAGUGACUUAUAAACAUGGGUCUGCUAAGGCAAGCAUCACCUUGAAUGUUGAAUAUACGCCCCUUCUGAACAUCACUAUUCCAGGGGGGACAGGAGAGAGCAGCAGUCUAAUUGUGAGAGAAGGCGACUCCAAGGAAAUCUACUGUACAGUCAACAGUAACCCAACGGCCAACAUUAGCUGGACUAGAGGAAACAGCCCGGUUGGGAAUACCAAGCAGAAUGGGCAGAAUCUGACUCUUUCACUUCAGAAUGUAACAGAGAAUGACACCGCUGUAUAUACAUGUACGGCACAGAACCAAAGGGGGAGCAACAAAAGCUCUGUCAGUGUCUCUGUGGAAUAUCCCCCCCGACAGCCAACGAUCUGUGUAGAUAAGCCAGAAGGUUGCCUUCCUUUAGUAAAUGACUCUGUUCCAGAAGGAUCGACACUGUCCUUAAGCUGCAGAGCAGAAAGUAACCCCCCAGCAAAUUUGUCCUGGAUUCAGAAUGAUCCACUCAAAACAUGUUCUGAAAGCAGUAUUCUGAAGGUCCAGGUUACAAAUGAUAUUGUAUAUACAUGCCAAGCUACAAAUAGAUACGGACUGUCAAAUAGUUCCAUCCUUAUUAUUGUCACGCCUGCACAAAAGCCUCAGACAAAUUUACUCAUUGUGGGACUUUGUAUUUUAUUUGUCACACUUGCGGUGAUAGCGGCGGUGCUGGUAUUCAGAUGGAUGAGAAAGAAGAAGAACGUACAGGAGGACACUAAAGAGAUGCCUAAGAGUGAUGGUGAUGUGAUUUACAAUAACAUAGAGAAUAUACAAAGCAUCAACAAUGAAUCCUACAUGGACACGGAGAAAGCCAAACGGGAUAAGGAUUAUUCAAAUUUGUAUAUGAGCUUUGAUGACAAAGAGCUGCAAUAUGCGUCCCUCGAUUUCUCAAAACUCAAACCAAAGGAAGAUCCUCAAACAGAAGAGAUCAUAUAUUCUGUGGUCAAACACAAUUAAUCAUUAAGAUAUAUUGAAGAUAUCCACCAAUGUAAAUAAAGACGGACUGUUGUACUAUAGAGACUCAUUGGGACAAUGUAGAUACAGAAAUUUGCUGGUUAUGUCUGAUUCUCAGGGUACCGUGGGGUUCUUCUAGACCAGGGAUCCCCAACCUUUUAUACCUGUGAGCCACAUUUAAAUGGAAAAAGUGUUGGGGAGCAACACAAGCCUGAAAAAGGUUCACGGGGGUGCAAAUAAGAGCUAUAAUUGGCUACUUAAUAGCCCCUAUGUGGACUGGCAGCCUAUAGAAGGAUCUGUUUGGCAUUAUACUUGGUUUUUAUGGCACCAAAACUUGCCUCCUUACCAAAAAUUCAAAAAUAAGCACCUGCUUUGAGGCCACUGGGAGCAACAUCCAAGGGGUGGGGAGCAACAUGUUGCUCACGAGCCACUGGUUGGGGAUCACUGUUCUAGACUGUAAGCUUGCACGGGUAAGGUAUAUACAGGUUUCCUACCAGACUUCAUGUUUUAUGUAUUUUUGGGCACCCCACUGUGUUGGGGAGCUCUGCAAAAAUUGUAAUUAUUUCUAUAAUAAUAAUAUUUUUUGGAGUAAAAACAAUUCUAUUGGGUUUAUUUAAUGUGUAAAUCAUUGUUUUUUCUUAUCUGAAAAACCCAAGGUCCCAAGUAGUCUGGAUAACAGGUCCCUAUUCCUGUACUGAGAAAAACUACUUUUGCCAGUAUUUUUUAGUUAUACAAUAAGAGCAAAUCACCGGAGAUCCAAUAACUGUUUCGACGGCAGCCACGAAUGUAGCAAUAAAGAAAUCAUGUUUAAUGUGAAUACAAUGAUAUAUUGUAAUAAUUGUUGUCUGGAUGUAUUUAAAAUGGUGUGUUUUGUUAUCUUCUGCCACAGAGUAAAUCUGGUUUAAUAUAUAAUAAAAGAAACAGUUUGUUUUA